AUGCCUUCGAUCGCAGAGAACGAGAGGAAGGCUUUGAGGCAUCAUGCGGGCAAGAGGAUUGAUGGGGAGGGGGAUGCGAGGAGGGCAAGGUGGUUGAAGACGAUUGAGAUGAGGAGUAGGAUGGGCGGGCUCUAUGGCACGCUUAGUAUCGAGGUGAGUUGGCAGGUGGGCUUGUGGUCUGGGGCCUUGCUGACCAGUCAUCGUAUGAGUCUUGAGAAUCAUCUAGAUCCCCUAAAACCACCUCGAGCGCUUCUUCCUGAGUACCAGAGGCAACCCCGAACCUACAUCCUCCUUCCCAUGGUGAUCCGAGCCAUGGCGGACGAAAGAGGAGAGUAUACGGAGUGGUGCUCAAUCUACUCUUUACGACCUAAGCGUGAAGAGUGA